GCUCUGGGGACCCAUGGACAGGCUCGGUCCUGCUGCAGGCACAGGUGGCACGGGCAGUGUCCCACCUGGCACCUCCUGUGGCACAUCCCACGGGCACCUCUCCGGCAGGGGGAAUCCUGCCGGGGAUCCGGACGCCUCUGCCCACCCUCCGUGUUCCCCAGGUGAGGAGUGUGAGUCCUGCUGGCCCCGCUCCCCCGAGCUCCUGCCCCGCUGGGACCGCCUGCACCGCCGGGGACAAUGGUGGUGGGACACGACCACGGCACCAGGGACCCAUCCCCAGGGAAUGGCAGCAGGGAAGGCUGGGGUGACAGAGCAGAGCAGCCCUGAGGCAGGACACGGCUCCCCGGACCCCUCUGUGGUGCUGCUGCCUCUCAGGCACAGCUUUCUGCCAGAGCUCUCACUCUCCUUCUCCGUGGAGAGCCGCUCCUCCCGGUGCCGCAAUUCCCAGCUCCAGGAAGCUGCCAGGAAGAAGCUGUGGGCUCUGGAGAGCGAUGACAGGGACGUCUGUGCCCUGUUCAAGGAGCUGUCAGCCAGGCUGGUCUGCAUGCAGGCACACGAGGAUCGCUUCCUCCUCACCUUCAAAACCCUGGAGGAAGUCUGGAAGUUUUCCACUUAUCUGACUUUAGGGUACGUGGGCACCUGCCUGGAGCAGCUGCUCUUUGCUCAGGAGUUCUGGCUGGACUGUGCCCUGGUGGAGGACACAGAGCUCAGGGUCAGCGUGGAUGAAGAGCACCUGGCCACCAUCUACAUGGAUCUGCUCCUCCAGGAAGGGAACUUUUUCUGCAGGGCAGUGCCUGGAGCCUGGAAGUCAGAGCAGGAGGGAGAGGAGAGCCUGCAGCUCUGCAGGAAUGAGCUGAUCCAUGUGAAGAGUGUUGGACAGGAUUCCAAGUGGGAAGGGAUGUCCCUGCUGACAGGACAGCGAGGCGUGGUGCCCGUGACAGCUCUGGAGCCAAUACCUCACCCCUUUUACCAGUGGUUCCUGAAGAAUUAUGCUGUGAGUUUUGGCCUCUCCCAGGAGAUCAGUGGGACGAGCUCUCAGGCCAUUGUCAAAGGCAGGUGCAUCGCCACCGAGGACCACAGAGGAGCAGCGUGGGAUGAGCUGAGCUUCUCCAAAGGAGACCCCAUAGAAAUCAUCGGUUUCUUCAUCCCUGGGCUGCCCUGGUUUGUGGGCAAAUCCCUCAGCACCAGGAGCAUUGGCUUCGUUCCCACCCGACACGUAAAUCCCGAGCCUUGCCAACCUCUGGGAAAGGGCUUUGUGUUUCUGAGUGAAGAGGAGAAGUCCCCAGUGCUGCACAUCCCCUGCAAUGGUGACGAGCAGCACUUUGCCACCCUCCUGGGGGACCUGGCACACACUGACAUCACCUCUGUCUACAGGUUGGCUGGUUUUGAACCCACAGCUGUGUUCCCACAAGUGCCACCGGAGGCUGCUCUCCACGGCAGUAAAGAAAUCCAAGUGCUCCAGUCUUGGGAGGAAAUCAAUGACUGGGCUACCAGCAGCACCUCAGAGCUGUCCAGCCCAGGCAGUGAAACAGCCCCUGCCACACUGGAAGAUGUUCUCCUGGAGAAGCUGGAUGACUUGGAUUACCCCAAAUUCUUCAUCGACCUCAACACUGGACACAUGGAGGAUGCUGAUGUCUUUGAUCCCAUAUUGACCUUCCUCAACCAAGACAGUUUCGUGCCCAGUUUCCAAAGCUUUUAUGAUCUCAGCUUUUCCUUUCUGCAGUCCACUUUUUAUGGCUUCUCUGAUGAGGAUGAACUAGUUCUGUACCUGGAGACUUCCCGGAACUGGGCCAAGAGGACUCGUUUGGUUUGGGCUCACACCAGGCUCUGUUUCCUCCUGGGCAAGCUCUGCAUCAAAAAGCUCAAGUUGUCCCAGGCUCGGGUGUACUUUGAGGAGGCCAUGAGUGUCCUGGACAGGGGCUUUGGGGACCUGCCCCUGCUGGCAGCGCUGCACGUGAGCCUCGCCUCCGUCUACCUGAAGCAGAACAUGAAGCACAAGUUCUCCUCCCUGCUGGGGAAGACGCUGACCUUGCUCGUGUGCCUGCCUGGCCGCUCCUUCAGCUCGGAGAGCGAGCUGGAGCUCCUGACGUACAUCCUGAGGGAAUCCAUCGCUGUGGGCAACGCUCCGCUGGAGGCCCGCGUCUGCUUCCUCAUUGUCAAGCUCUUCCUGCAGCUGGGCAGAACCGAGGAGGUGCUGCCCUUUUUGGAGCAUCUCCAGUGUCUCAGCACCACCUGGCUCAGCCCAGGCUCCCGUGGGCCACUGGAUGCCGCUGCCACCUUGGGCUACCUCUAUGACAAGACGUGCCUGCCAAACCUCGCGCUGGCCUCUGUCAGGUCCUUUGCUCCCAGCAGCACCAAGGGGACACCGACCCCCGUCUGGAGAGCUGGCUUCAUCCUCCAAAACGCUCCCAAAGUCCUGGGGAAGCAGCUGGACAGGAGCAGCAUCCCGGCGCUGGCUUGUCUGUACCUCAAGCAAGCGCUGCAGUUCUGCUGCGAGAGCAGGGCCGUGCCCAUGCAGAGGACGCUCUGCGCCGUGCUGUGCAGGACGUACCUGCAGCACGGGCUGCUGGACGGGGCUGUUUGCUAUUCAGCCAGAGCUGCAGCCCUGGGCAGGCUGCUGGGGGAGGAGGAGGCUUUUGAGUCCUCGCUGUCCUUGGGGUGGAUGCACCUCCUGCAGCAGCGGCCGGGUCCGGCUGGGGACAUCCUGCGGCAGCUGCUGCGCUCCCUGCGCGGCACCGCCAGCGAGACCCAGCCUGGGGCCGUGCACAACCUCCUGGCCAUGGCCCUCGGGGCCCAGGGACACGUUCAGGAGGCUGCAGAGAACUUCCUGAGGGCCCUGCACAAGGCCAAGGAGACGGGGAACAGGAGGAACCAGGCCGUGGCCCUGGCUAACCUGGGCCAGCUGAGCCUCUCGUGUGGGGCCGCCCAGCUGGCCGAGCUCUACCUGCUGUGGUCGGUCCGGCUCUACGCCGAGCUCCAGGGACACCAAGAGCCGGACCUGGAGCUGGCACAGGUGCUGCUGUGGCUGGCACAGGCCAUGGUAGACAGGCAGAGGAUGGAAGAUGCCAAACUCUGCUAUGAACUGGCACUGGGGUUUGCCCUGAAGUGGCAGAACCUGAGGAGUCAGCUGCACGUCACGGAGCGUCUGUGCCAUUUCUGCAGCAGAGUGUGCCCCGACCUGCAGGCCUGCAUCGCCUACCACGAGCACUGGGCGUCCCUGGCACGGCAGCUGCAGGACAGGGAGCUGGAGGGCAAUGCCAGGCAGGCCCUCAGCCUGCUCUACCAGGCUUUGGGCACACCUGAGGCUUUGAGACAAUCCCUGGACUGCACCAAGCAGAGCCUGAGGAUCUUCAUCGACCUCGAGGAGGCUGUGAAGGCGGCAGAGGCCUGGCUGCAGGCAGGAAAACUCUAUUAUCUUCUACAGGAGGAUGAGCUGGUGGAAAUGUACUUCCAGGCAGCCAUCCAGACUGCUCUGAAAGGGGACAACUUCUCCUUGGCCAUGGAUCUUUAUGAGAAAGCAGGUGACACCUUCUUUAAUGGCAGCUGGAACAGGGCCCGAGCAGUGGAGUUUUACAGGGGAGGUGCUGUGCCCUUGGCCAGGAAACUCAAGGCCACCCAGACAGAGCUGCGGCUGUUCAAUAAACUGGCAGAGCUGCAGAUCAGCCUGCAGGGCUACGAGAAGGCUCUGGAGUUUGCCACGCUGGCAGCCAGGCUCAGCCUCAGGGUCGGGGAUCAGCUGCAGGAGCUGGUUGCCUUCCACCGCCUGGCCACAGCCUAUGACUUGCUGCACAUGUACGAGAUGGCCGAGGAUUGCUACCUGAAGACCCUGGCCAUGCGUCCCCCCGUGCUGCAGAGCUCAGCAGAAGCUCUGUACUACUGCAAGGUCUACUGGCACCUGGGAAACCUGGCUCUGCACAAGCUGCAGGAUGAACAGGACGCAGCCUCCUACUUCCUGCUGGCCCUCGCCGCAGCCGCCGAGCUGGGAGACUUGGAGCUGCAAUCCCUGCUCCGUGCCAAGCUGGGUGCCAUCCCCAGAGCCCCAGGGGGACCUGAGGGCACGCCAGGCUGUGCCACGGAGCGGCCCCGGUGGCUGAGCGAAGGUGGCCACGUGGUGUGACCCAUCUGCCACCCUGGGGACACCAGUGGGAGCCAUCAGCAGCAGCGUGCAAGGUCCGUGUGCUCUCCAGAACCGGCCCAGGAGAGGUCCUUCACCGCAUCCUGAAGAGCUGGAAGGGUUUGGGCUCCUCAUCCCAAGCACUUGGGAUUCUGCCCUCGUUUUUCAGGAGCAGGGCCGUGCCCUGCAGAGGAGGUGGCACAGCCAGGGCAGGAUGAGGGCCCAGCAGCGGUGCUGGAGCUGGUGGUGCAGCAGGGCUGAGCUCCUGGGAGGUUUCACAAGCAGGAUGGGGACUGGGGAGUGCUGCCAUGUGCCUGCCUGUCCCCACACCUUGGAGCAGCUCAGCCCAACCCAAACGUGUUUGAGACAGCAGCUCCUUUAUUUAUGCCUGGUUUUUAUCCUCGCCUGCCCCGCGAAGUCUGUGAUGGAAUCUGUCUCCUGUAAAAAGCACCACCAAAGCUUUUGGCAGUGAGUCUCAGAAUUGGGGAAGUGAGGAGGAAUAAAGGGGCUGCUCCAGCCUCAUCUGGGGGCAAAAAAACCCCCAGCAGAGCCCA